GGGACCUCUGCACGGGACCGUGGAGCCAAAAGUGGAAACGGGUGCUCAGAGGAGACUGCGCCAUCAGACGACCUCACGGGAGUGGGGGACCAACAGGAAAUCUGCCUUGGCUGGUGUUCAUCCGUGGUGGUAGACUUUCAGUUGAAUUCGCAUCUCUCAACACUGGCAAAUAUUCAUAAGAUUUACCACACCCUUAAUAGGCUGAAUCUAACAGAAGACGUGGGUGAAGACGAUCACCAGACAGGAAGCCUGCGGCCCCGCGGUCCCUCAGACUCCUUUGGGAAAGCGAUGCCUCCCAGGAAAAAGAGGAGGCCGGCUGCUGGGGAUGACCUGUCUGCCAAGAAGAGUCGCCAUGAUGGCGUGUACAGAAAAUACGACUCCACCAGGAUAAAGGCCGAGGAAGAAGCCUUCUCAAGUAAGAGGUGUUUGGAGUGGUUCUAUGAAUAUGCAGGCACCGAUGACGUGGUAGGCCCCGAAGGCAUGGAGAAAUUCUGUGAGGACAUCGGCGUAGAACCCGAAAACGUGGUUAUGCUCGUCCUAGCCUGGAAGCUGGAUGCACAGAACAUGGGCUACUUUACGUUACAGGAGUGGCUGAAAGGAAUGACGUCCCUACAAUGUGACACCACGGAGAGGCUAAGGAAUGCCUUGGAUUACCUGAGGUCCUUACUGAAUGAACCAACAAACUUCAAACUGAUUUACCGAUACGCAUUCGACUUUGCACGGGAAAAAGACCAGCGCAGUCUGGACAUCAACACGGCCAAAUGCAUGCUAGGACUGUUGCUGGGGAAGACCUGGUCCCUCUUCCCAGUGUUCCACCAGUUCCUCGAGCAAUCGAAAUACAAAGUUAUCAACAAGGACCAGUGGUGCAACGUGCUGGAGUUCAGCCGGACAAUUAGCCUUGACCUCAGUAACUACGACGAAGACGGAGCGUGGCCCGUUUUGCUGGACGAGUUUGUGGAGUGGCACAAGGAGAAACAGAUGACAUAGGACUCCUCCUGCCGGGGCCGGCCGUCGCUCCCGCCGCCGCCGCCGCCACGGAUCGCCGUUCGCUCCGAGCCGCAUGCUGCUGCUUUUCCCGCGCCACGUCCCCUGGGCGGGGAGGUCGGGGGGUUGUGCGUGAGUGUGCCUGUAUGUGUGCGUGUACGUUUGAGUGUGUGCGCGCGUGCGCGCCAACCCGGCCGGCUCUGCUUGCUCUACUGUAUAGCGUUGGUCUCCGAAGACGGCUUCGCGUCUUGCAUUUACACUACAACGUCCUCACUGUGAUUAUGUGUAUAUUGCCGUUUCGAUUUUGUAUAUGUGUAUAAAAAGGAAAAAAAAAAGAGCUUCACCUAGAGAUGAUUUCUGCAGAGACGUGAUGCACAAAUGAUUUUGUGGCAUAUUUCUAGUCCCCCUUUUCAACCGAAUCCAGUUCCGUCUUCGCUUGGUCUCUCCCAACGUAGCACUUCCGGACACGAGACUCGAAGCUCGGAGCUGUCGGGGCCGGGGGCAGGACCUCCUCCCUCCGCCGCACAAGCCAAGCGUCCCUUACGUUUCGCUCGGGAAUGGGCGUCUUUUAGGAUUCCCCGAGCAGGAGCGGCGGGAAGCAGCUGGAGCGGCUGAGGCGUCCGGUUCGGCGGGAGGGUGCGUUGGCCUUUCAGGGUCGGAUCCACAGCCGCGGGGCGGAGGCGCCGACACUCCUGCCAAAGACGGACCUAUCCCGGGGAGCUGGGGCCUGCUCCGCCCCACCUGUGUCAGUCUGCAGAGAGGGUCUAGCCUGCUGUUUCUGCUUCAGCUGCUAAGUCGGAUGUUUGUGUUUGAGUUUGUCUCUCUCUGUCUCUGCUGGGGGCAUCUCACCCUCUGUCGAAACGGACCAGUUGACUGGUGAAGCGAGGCCGCGGUGACUCGAGACUCCUGACUGUUGUUCGGGCUAGGCGGCGGGGGUGCCAAGGGUCUGGGGUGCGGAUCGGAGAGCAGGAGGUGAGGCUGGGCCCAGGGUGGAGGGCACGGAAGAGCAGCGGGGCUGGGGGAGGUGCCCCGAGCGGUUGGGACGUCAGUAUCUUUGCGCUGCUCUGCUCCGGAAGCCGGAUAACCCACGGCUCACGUGUCCGGCCUCAGCGGCGGGAAAGAAAUCAGCAGCAGCGGGGACGGGUGUCGAAGAGGUGCCACCCACUCGGGUAGUGUAAAUGCGGAGGGGUGCUGGUUUGCCAGUCGCUGAGAGUCAGCCUGACGGGGAACUCUGGGGAAGCACAGUGAGCGAGUGGGCAGCACGCGGGAUUGCUGGCCCCACCCGACUCUUCUAGCCCAGUCUCUUUGCUAACAGUGCUCACUUUUCGUUUGCCUUUUUUUGGUUUUCCUCUUCUAACCACCACCAAAGACAGAAAUUGUGGAUCUGCUGUGUAGGCGCCUACAGCCUCGCGUUGUUGGAGGGGGGGCGGUCCCGUCCCCCCCCGUCCCCCCCUCCCCCGGCCGAGGAGGCAGGCUGGUUCUGCCAGGGGUCCAGAGGCACUUGUGUGAACAGGGUGUACGUACGUGUGGCUCUCGUAGCGGGGACGGUCCCGGGGGCAAGCCCCCCGCUUAGAUUCGACAUUCCAAACCGAAGCCACGGCUCAGAGUCAGGCCUGUGGAAUUUCUCGCAAUUCCAGCCACGGAGCAAGCCUCCCACGGUGUUGAGAUGGAGCUAGGUUACCUGGAGCGAUCCUCACCGCUCCCGGCCCAAGAACCGCGACGUGGGCAGGGAUGGGUGAGGAGGGUUUGGGCUGGCGAGGGCCGCGGGCUCGGAGCGGAUGGCAGGCGCCGGAGCUGUGGGCAGGGCCGGGCCGACUCGCGUUCUCCUUGCGGUCGAGGAAUGGUGGAGGCACGGGCGGGUGUCUUCUCCAAGUCAGUUCGUGUGCCUUUUUUCCUGGGUUUUCAUCCAAAGCGCCCCCGACUCCCUACCCCCUCCUCUUCCUCCCGGCUCCCCGCAAAACCCCAGUGACGGGGAGGGGAAGCUGCAUCUUCGUGGUGCUUGGGAGCUGAGCCGCUCGUCUUAGUGCUUUUAGUCAACCCGGGCGGAACGGGCCAUCUUCAGUCGCUGAAGCCCUCGGUCACCAGGUCAGGGCUGUGGAAACUGAGGGUCCAGAAAGCUCUCCCCCACGGUUGGAAUCCCCACAACUGCUAACAUACCUCUCUCUCUCUCUCUCUCCCCCUCUGUGAGCCUUAUCCUUUCUUCUUUCCACGUUGUAUGAUAAAUGUAUAAAGUUCCUCCACCAACCGAGCUGUUGGUUGUCUGUAAAUGAGACCAAAAUGUGAGUUGAUUUUUUUUUGUUUGUUUUUGUCACAACGUAAUCUCUACUGGCGGUGACUGUCUGCUCUCCAGACGGCCACAAACCGAUAACUGUGAAUGCUUCUGUGUCUUCAGUAUUGGCGUCCUGUCCAUUAGGUGAGCAAGUCUCGUGACUCAAGGUGUAACUAGAAAGUCCCGGCUGGGACCACCCGUCACGGGUUCAGGUGUGAGCAGCGUCCCACCCAAUAAACAGUAUUUGUGUUUGGUUUCA